AUGGAAACCGUCAAUGUAUGGCUGCCAGAGGAGCUCAAGCUGGAGGGACAGAUACGGAAUUGGGUCCUGGAAAUGCCAGAGGUGUGGCUCCGGAGGAUUGCUCUGCCUACGGUAGUCUACGGUGCUAGAAUUGAGGGCUCGGAACACCAAGUGGAUGUCGUUCAACUCAAGAUCUUGUACGAGGAAGGAGGCAUUAUGAUGGACAACGACCUGGUAGCCUUGAAGUCUUCCGACGGUGUCAUCAACGAUCCCACCAGUCGAUCAACAGUAAUGGCCAUGCAAAAGGGAAGCGAUGGUAUACCUAACAGCAUGAUAAUGUCAAAAGCCGGGUCGCCGUUUCUGAAAAGAUGGAUGCAGCGUUACGGUGAUGUAAGGGAGAAGCAGAACUGGGGAGACUUAUCGGCGAGGACGGGAUAUGAAAUGUAUCAGGACAAGGACCCUGAUUUGACUGUGCUGGACGGACAUUCAUGGUUCUACCCUCUCUCAUAUGAAGAUGAAAGUGAAUCGGCCCUUAAAAGUCUGGCGUUUGGGAAGAGCUGGCAUGACAUCGAGAAAAGUUAUGACAAGAACGUCAACUGCACCAUUACCUGGAUUUCAGACUUAAAGAAAAAGGACCAGAGGAUGUUCUCGGAUUACAGAAUUGCAACGGACGAUCUCGACGCGAAAUGGAUCGAUUCAUCGGGCUUUAGCCGUCAUGGAUGGGCGCCAAAUGGGACUUUGCUACAGCAGGACGAGACCUCAGCAUUUACUUUUCGAAACUUUACGACUGGCUCCUAUGCUGUGUUGCCAGUGCCUGCCGAUUGGGACACAAGAGUCUGGACUGUCCGAACAGAGUUCCACAUGGGCAGAGAAUCGCUCUCUGACGGGGGAGUAUGUGGAUUGUUCAAGAUCAGGAUGGAGACAGGUGGAGAGAUACUCAUUCGGAUCAGGAACGAUGACCCCUUUCCAGGCGUUACACUGAACGUGCAAUAG